AAGGCCAAAAACAAAGCGAGAAUUUGGGAACCGAGCUAAAUGGUCAGCUAAUUGGCCAAACGAGUCGAAAAUCAGCAGACAGAAUGUCGCUUAAAGUGUGCCAAAGUGUUUUGCACAAGGGCACUAAAAAGUGGGGGAAGUUUGUGGGUGGUUUUCUGGUUUUUCCUUUUCUUUUUUCGGUUGGAUGUGUUGUAACCGAAUAUGGGAAAUUAUUUCUAGCUUCUGCCCACGCACUCGUAACUCAUAAUCUCUUACGAAACAGAAGGGCAAAGCUGCACAGACAUUAAAAUAAACAUUCGGUGUGGGCAGUUUUUCUCAUUUCACGAUCCAUUUGGAUGGCGUUCCCCUAUCUCGAGAGCGUUGAUAACGAUCUGCAAAGCAAACAGACCGUAGCCGAUAAGAUAUAUUCAGCUAAACCGAGCGAAUCUCGUCUGGGGGGCUGGAAAAUUGUGCAAUUUCUAUUACAGUUCUCUCUUUAUUUUCCUUUUUUUUUGCCAUGUCAACGACAAAAGUCAAGUCAAUCAAGUGCAAUCGAAAUGGGAGUGGAAUUGGAAUUGGAAAUCGAAUCGCAGUCAAAGAGGUUGCGGCAAAAAGGGAAACGACAAAGAAAAAGCCCCACAAAUCAAUGCAGGCCAGGGCUAAAGUGGUCAAAGUGGGCAAAAACCCCUCCCCCAUCGUAGGGAAAUCUGCAAGUCUGGUGCCUUUCUUUCUUUGGGGUUUCUACUUACAUUUUGCAUAAAUCUAUAAUGAGAUUUGAAAUGCAACUGUCACACAUAAUGGCAUUGUCCAGUGACCAAUCAAUGCAGCUUAGCAAAAUGCCACAAUGAUGAUAUAAGCAUGGGGAAAAAUUAAGAGGAAAAUUAAAUUAGCUCUUCGCUUUCAACGGCUGAAAUCAAAAUUCCACUCGUUAUGGUUUCUCAAAUAAAUACACAGCUAGUUCCAGCAAAUGCUUUUCAAAUAUAUUAAAUAUCCGUGGGGUAAACAAUAUUCAAAGCGGAAGUUGGAUGCCCAAAUAUUUAUUAGCCAUGAACAUUGUUUACAAACAAAAUGAAACGAUCGCCGUAUAUUAACCCCCUGCCCCCAAUAUAAUGCCAUACUUUUAGAUUAUACAGUUGGCUUUUGGCGUUCUAUGGGAAAUUAUUGGAGGCGAUUUUCGAAAUUCUACCGAAUAGAGAAGCUUUUUGCUCGCGCCCAGUAAAGUCCAGAAUAGAUCAUCAUGUGCCACUGUGGACAGUUCAAUCCCUUCUACAUUGGACCCUAUCCGGAAUGCGCCUGUGGGGAUUGUCCCUAUGGAAAGUACUCGGGAUUCACGCGAUGCGGUUGGAGUGGCGGCAACGGACCCUUUGGCACCACCUUCUGUGAUCCCUGCGGCGGGGAUUCCCGGUAUGGAGGGGGUGGUUUUGGAGGAGGCUGUGGUCCCUGCUGGAAUCCCUUCUCCGGUUCUAGUUGUGGUCCCUCCUGUGGAACCUCCCGCUGUCCCCCAUCCCGUGGAUCUCCUUGUAGAGCAGACUGCUGCAUGAUGGGCUCCAGUGGAUUUGACUGUGCCUAUCCUGGCCAAUCCUGCCGCCCAUCCUGCUACCCUUGCUGCUGAUUACUGUGUACUCGUAUUCCUGUGGCCUCUGGACUUUACUGUGUGCGGUUAAUUGGUUUCUUGAGCAAAAUUGAUUGUAAAGCACGAA